AUGUCUAGCAUCAAUCUCCAAGAAAUCGACUCCCUCGAAGCGACCAUCAUCAUCGACAAUGAGCUAGAUCCCAUGUCCCCAGCCGCCCCCGACACGGUGCAGGUGUCGGGCCUCAUGGGCACUCUUGCUCUGGGCUCUCCGCAUAAACUCGACGAUCGAGGCGAUGCUACUCAGGAGCUACGGAUGGAGGAUAUUUGCUGUUCGGCGCAUGGGUUGUCUAUUCUUGUGACGGCUACAAAAGGAGAUAUCAAGCAUUCCAUCCUGUUUGAUGCAGGGCCUGAAGAAGAUAUAUGGGAGAGAAAUGCCAAACGGCUACGGCCGGACCUUGCUUCCGUGGAGGUGAUUCAGCUGUCUCAUUGGCAUCGCGACCAUUCAGGUGGUCUUUUAAAGGCAAUUCAUAUGAUAAACAGUGACAAGCAGACCAAAGGUCUUCCCCAGGAUCUCACAGUGGAUGUUCAUCCUGCUCGUCCGGACUAUCGUGGGAUCGCAGUAGGCGAAAAGAUCAUCUCCCUCCAGGCUGAUCCUACCUUUGAAGAGAUCGAGUCAGCCGGUGCGGCGGUGGGCAAGCACGACGAGACGCACACCAUUCUUGAUGAUUUAUUUCUCAUCUCGGGUGAGAUUCCUCGCCAGACACCGUAUGAAACCGGUUUGAAGGGUGCGAUGCGUUUUGACCGCGACGAGGGAGACUGGUUCUCUGAUGAACGUAUCGCCGACGAGCGGUUUCUGAUGUGUAACAUCAAAGGAAAAGGAAUCGUCGUGUUCACUGGCUGCAGCCAUGCUGGCGUGGUCAACGCUGCCCAACAUGCAGUAGACCUUUUACGUGGAUCCGUGCCCCUGCAUGCUGUCGUUGGUGGCUUUCAUCUGGCAACGAGCGAACGCGACCAAGUAGAGAGCACCGUCAAAGAUCUGAAGAGAUUAGACCCGGCGGUUCUCCUGCCCGGACAUUGUUCAGGCUGGAGAGCCAAAUUUGAAAUUGAGAGACGGAUGCCGGGGACGCUGGUUCCCUGCACCGUGGGCAUCAAGAUCACUUUCUAG